AUGGACUUCGAUCAUCCUCCAGACCCAGGAUCUUCCUUCUCAGGAGGCGCUGAGGAUCAAGGAUUCGACGACACUAUGGACGUUGAUAGCCCAUCUAGAAUCGCCAAGACUACAUCAUCACGAUCUCCUCACGACGUUGCUGAGGAUUCGAACCUCAUCAAAGAAGAGGCUGCUGAUGGUUCUGUCUCGAUGCAGGAAUCAGAUACGACAGCAGACUCGGAGCAGAACGCUCCUGCCUUGAUUCCAGAAGCAUCACAUACUCCCGUGCCAUCAACCGAAGCUCCGGACGAAGCAGAAUGUCGGACAGGCGAGACAUCUUUAAUGCAUGAGAAUGAUGUCAAGCAGGAGGUGAAGACCGAGGAUGAGCCAGAGUUAUCACCACCGAAGAAUCACGCCAAUAACAAGGAUAAGGCCCCAGAGGAUAACAGCCGUGUGCAGUCUGUGGAUUUGACUGGUGACACUGAUAGUGAAGCAGAAAUUGAUCUCACUGGACAGGAUUCAGACGAGGAUGAUGACUUUGAGUUUAUAUCCUCUCGAGCUCUAUCGCCCGGAAAACCAGAGGGCUCAUCAAUGCAAGCCGAAGACGUGGAGAUGCAAGAUGGACUGGAAUCAGAUGAUCAGAGAGCCCCCUUUGUCUCUGGUGAUGAGAACGAAAACGGGAGUGGUGGAGAUAGUGAUGGACUUUUUGUGGCUGGAGAAGACCCCGCCGAUGACAAUGGCGCUGGUCCUUCUCGAUCGAAAUUCAAGGAGCCCAAGAAAAAGCAGAGUCGGAGAGGGCCAGCAAAGAUGCCCAGUGAUUAUCAUGAGAGACAGCACGAUGAUGCACGCAAGAAUGGACGAACAAAGACCGUUUGGCCAAGAGUUGGCGAGCAUAUGCGCAGUGGGGUAAAGAAGAAUACCAACCGAAAAUCAUCCAACAAGCAAGCAAGAGGCACGGAUGUGCAACAACUGCUCCUAGCUCAAUACGCCACUCACGAUUUCGCUCCACAGAAUGAGGAGGAAGAUGUUGAUGGCGACGAAUUAGAUGACCUCGACCCCUCACUGGCCUCAAUCCUAAAAACAACAAAAAAGGAUCGCUUUACCCAAUUGCUGGCGAAUUCUGCAGAUAUUGAUUUGCGUAGAACUAAAGCCACGAUCAAGGACCUCAAAGAGUUGUGCAAGAGCUUCGGAUUGGGAAGAAUGAAAGCUGUUGGUAAGAGACACUGGCAGCUGAAGGGCAUGACGGCUGUUAUUCCCCAUCAUCAAAUGAUGGGGGCUGCUUGGAUGGCCAAGCAAGAAUUAUCUCGUAAUGGCCCUCGUGGUGGGUUGUUGGCUGAUACUAUGGCAAGUUAUAAUGGAUUGGGAAAGACUGUGCAAAUCAUCACGCUUUGUGUUGCAAAUCCUCCACCACCUAGUACCCCUUCUGAGCAGAGACAGAUACUUAUCAUCGUGCCGCCAGGUAUUCUCGAGCAAUGGGAAAAUGAGAUUGAAAACAUGGCUGGCGAUGUCUUCAAGCGCGUGAUGAUCUACAAAUCGAGCGACAAAAUCAAGGCAGUCUAUAUCGACGAUUCUGACAUUAUAUUAACAUCAUAUGCGCAAGUCUUCAAGAGUUGUCCUUUUCCUGACCGAAAAUCUCUGGCUUGGUUGAGGAAACAGAAUCGGCAUGAUGAAGCCAAUGGCUUACCCGAAUGGAUCGAAUCGCACAUCCAGGAAGGCGGGUUACUACAUAAUCGUUAUUGGUAUCGGAUUGUUGUUGAUGAGUUUCAUAUUGCCAAGAACCAUGCAAGCAAGAUCAGUCUGGCUCUUAAUGCGCUAAAGGGGAAAUAUCGAUGGGCAGUGACCGGAACACCCAUUUGGAAUCGCUUAGAGGAACUUUUCCCGUAUUUCCGGUUCCUUAAGGAUGACUCCGUCACCGAGGACUACGAGACAUUUAAGAACAAAUACUGCGACCCCAAAAACAAACCCGGAAUCAAGAAGCUUGCCAAGAAAGUGGAGAGAAUUUCAUUACGGCGCACAAUGUUCGACAGAAUUCUUGGGAGACGAAUUCUCAAACUUCCUAGGGCCACGGUGGAAACCAUCGGGGUCAAGUUUACCGCUCAAGAACGUAUCCUCUACCGUGAUGUCGAAGAACGCUUUCGAGAAUUGAUCAAUGAGAGUUUGCCCGAGCUUGAUGAGCGUCGCAACUUGACAUUUCUAGUCUCUCAACUUACUCGAAUACGACAACUUGUCACUCAUCCUGCUCUCAUCGACCGAGAAAUCAAGGCUAUAUUUACGUUGGAAGAAUUAAAAAAGCUCAUGAAGAAAUUUGCUGAAGUUGGUCACGAGUUGGCUGAUCGUGCAAAAGGGUGGAUCAAGGAGAAAGCCCUUGAGCCACGACCAACGGCUGAGGAACUCGCAGCUGAGAAAAAUGUCCUAGUGUGUGAGGUCUGCAGAGAUAUUCCCGAGGAUCCUCAUAUCAUCGACAAGAAGAAUUGCAAACACCUGUUCUGCGAAACUUGCAUCUGGGGUGCUGUGCAGGUGCAAAUUGGCGGAGGAGCUGAGGGACCUUCAUGUCCGGAAUGCGAAGGGCCAUUCCAAGAAACCGAUAUCAAGGCCGUACCAGACCAAAAGAGAUUCAAAAAGCAUGUCAAGGUAAUGACCAAGACGCUAAAGGGCAGAGAUUCUUCAGGCUUCAUUCCAGCAUCACUCGAGACGAAGUGGUUGGAAGACCAUGACGCGGGGAAAGUCUCCUUCCUUCCCAGCGCCAAGUUGACUGCUGUUGUCGAAAAGACCAAGGAAUGGUUGCGAGCAGCUCCUGAUGACAAGAUCAUCAUAUUCGCACAAUUUCGAAUGGCCCAAGCCAUCAUUGGCCGUGAACUUGGCAAGCUUGGUGUUGGCUUCCUCUAUUAUUCGGGUGAUAUGGACUUGAAGCAACGCAAUAAAGCAGUUAAGGAAAUGAAGGAAAACCCCAAUCUCAAGGUGUUGGUUGCGGGCUUGAAAUGUGGAGGCCAAGGCCUGAACCUUACCUUCGCAAAUCGUAUCAUCAGCGUGGAUUUGUGGUGGAACUCAGCUAUUGAAGCACAAGCUUUUGGUCGUGCUUAUCGCAUGGGUCAAUUGAAGGAGACGCACUUCGUUAGAUUUGUGAUUCGUGGCUCAGUCGAUGGCAGAUUGCGCAAAUAUAAAUUGAUCGCAGAAGGACUCAAUGAGCAAGAUCUGUCGCCUGAACAAGCCCUUGGUCUUUUCGGUCGGGUGGUCAAGGAUGCUGAUGGCCAUGUCAUUCGUGUUGAAGCUGACUACGAGGACGACGAUGAAAAUGACGCCAUGGGAGGCUUGGGCGGUACUUGA